GCACUGAAAAUGCAGGUUUAAGUUUUUUAAGAGAAGUUAAUUGUUGAAUAAUAGUUUAAUUACAACAACCAUGAACAUUCUGGCCAGGAGUAUAGUGAGCUCAGCUAGAUUCUGCUUAGGAAAUUCCAUUGAAGGCAACAGAUUACAAUUAUCCAGGCUAUAUGCAAACCUCGGUAUUCAAGCAGGGAGCCUAUUAAACACUGCAACGUCACACAUUGGAAACUUAUUUCAAGGUUUCGAACAGCUAAGGUUUGGUUCCACGUUACAAGCAAUGCAUAACCGCGGUAAACCUUACAAGACGCCAAACAAAAAGAAGAAUCCGUUAGAGGGGAAACCAUUCGCGAAGGGAGUGGUCAUAAAAACGGUCAUCAGAAAACCGAAGAAACCGAAUUCUGCGAAUCGAAAGUGCGUUGUCGUCCGACUCUCAACUGGGAAAGAAAUGACUGCUUACAUACCCGGAGAGGGACACCAUCUUCAAGAGCACAAUAUCGUAUUGGUUAAAUCGGCGAAGCUGGUAGAUACUCCGGGUAUUAAAAUCAAAUGCGUCCGCGGGAAAUACGAUUUACCUCAUCCUAUAAAGAAAAAGCAGUAGUUGCAUUUCGUCGUUUUUAACGAAAUAAACGAAUGGGUACUCUAUCUAUUGCAAUAUCUUAUGUUAAUCUGUUAAAACGUCAUUUAAUUCAUAGAAUAUGUUAUAGAAAAU